AUGGCGGCAGAACAGCUGUACGGCAAACCUGCUGGCGCAGUUGCCAAUGCGCCGCCUCCCUCCACGUUAGCCGCCCAACUGGUCGAAAACCUUCCUGCUUCGACAAAGUCCACACGAUCCGAUGAGAACACCGAGCUGAGAAGCUUGUCCGCCGUCAUCGAGCGGGUCAAGAACAACCCCGGUCUGCUGCGAACGCCCGACGAACGAACGGAGCACAAUCAUAUGCUCAUAUACGUCUAUUCCCGCGUCGUCCUAGACGGGAUCAAGCUCGAUGAUCCCUUCGCUGACAAGAAGGUUAUACGGAGCGAGGCGUUGAAGGCGAUUAAUUUCUUGAAAGUCACGAUUGAGGAGACACCGGUUGUCAUGAACUAUACCACGGACGGGAAACAAUUCGUGUUCCGCGGGGAGGAGCCACUUUGGGUCUGGGUCUUUCCCAAGGUUCUGAAACUGCUUGGCCAUGCUCGCUGCCUUGAACUCACGGCUCCAAUCGAGGAGUUCUUUCGGUUCAUAAUCUUGGUGGUGAGUGGAGUUGGUUCAAUGGGAGCGCUGCUGUCGUCCAUGCUGCUCUACCUGCGAGAAACAAGCAAUGCUCUCCUGUCUCGCCUACAAGAGACGGCGCCUAUUGCCCCUGCACAGGAUGCGACUAUAGACAUGAGCCUUCCUCCUGCCGGUACACUCGAGCUGCUCCUGGGAAAACCUGGCAUUCUCUUCGUACAGCAGACUACAUACGCUGUCCCGCAUGCGUCACAAGCCGUGCGCCAAGCAGCAGCUCUAAUAUCAACACUCGCACACCCGUCCAUUGCUAGGUACUCGAGCCCUCUGUCACGCGCGCCGUUUGUCGAGCUGAGACUAUGGUUGCUCGACUCGUUGCUUUCCCUACGUGCUGUGCAAAACACAUGGCAGCCCGUUGCCCCAAGCGCAAAGGCUGAUUUGCUCAACGUAUCCCUUGGCCUGCUUCCAGACGAGUUGUCUACAGGCAAGAAAGCCUUGCUCCCGCAGAAAGCGUACACUUCUCUGGCGUUAUUGUGUGCCGAGCUCGCAGCACGGCCGGAUGAGAUUGCAGGCCCAGAUGAAUCGAGUCAAGCUGCGAGGAGAACACUCUGUAAAGCACUUCUGAGACUUGCCCAAGUGUCGCUAGUAGACCGAGAGAUCGGAAGACUUGCAGCACCUCAGGUUGUUUGGCCACUCGAGCUGCUCUGCAUCGAAGUACCCGUACUAGGGGAACCAAGUGACUUUUCACGUUCUAUCAGUGUCCUUAAACAAGCAACAGCACCAACUGUACCCUCAAAAUUAGACGACGCAACCCUGCCAGCUUGCUUCACGGACACCGAAUUACGAACUCUGGUCCAACGUCUUGGCAUUGCAGAAAGUGACAUAGAAAGCGUCACAGUCGAUGACGAGCCUGCGACCAAGCGGCGAAAAGUCCUGACUGAAGGCAAUGAACUUGUGGAACUGACAGCACGCAUCGACGAAGUUCUUGGAGUUGUGAACGAUCUAGGCAAGCUGGAACACAAAAUUUUAAACGCCUAUCCACAUAUCAAUGUCAAGAGCCAAUGCCUCGCCAUUGAUCUGAUCUCCCGCACUUGCUGCGCUGCGGACGCGAUCACUCAAACGGGCAGCCCAUUCGCAGGAAAGGACGGAAAGAUCAUUUGUGACGUAUGCGAUCGCAAAGACGAAGGGCCGAGGAGGCCCGACACUAUUGACACAGAAACUAAAAGAGAGGCCCAAUCGAUAUUCACAAAACUCAUCAACCUCCCUUCCUUCAAGGACUCCAGAAGGCCAAGAGUAGUGGCAAUGAUCGCCCUCAGACGCAUCAUAAAUCACACAGAUGAAGCUGAGCUAUUUGACCUCGAAACUUCCCCUUUGGGGCAGUGGUGUCUGCAAGGAUUGCAUAGCUCUAUCAGAGAAAUACGCAUCGCUUCAGGACGGGCUUUGGCUCUCUUCUUGAAGAAACCAGCCUCUAGCACGAUAGACAUUAGUGUCGUACACCGAAAUCGCAAGAACGCGCUUGGUCUUCUCAAAGCUGCGUCGGAAAAGGAUGCAGUAAUCUUCCACGAGACUGGGGUAAUGGCGUGGAGCCAGCUGGGACGAGUGGUCACCGGGGACGAACUAAACAUAGUAUUGCACCAGUUACUCGAAUAUCUCGGAAGCAGCAACAGUCUGAUAUCUUCCUGUGCCUUCAAUGAGAUCAACAACUUGGCUGCUGCUCGGCAUGUAGCACCACGCCGCUUGUUCGAGCCUUUCUGGAGAAAUCUCGCCUACUUCGCUGUAAAAGAUAUGGUGGCACGACCGCAAAUCAGCCGGUCGCUGGCCGAAAUCUUGCAAAUCUCUGUGAACGAGUUUCUUCUCCUCAUCCAAACUCAUGCUCUGCCAUGGCUGGUAUUGAUGAAGAAGAGGGAUGUAAUCCAAAAGAUUGCUGAGGCCCGUGGGGAAAAGGACGUUGGUUUCCCGGUGAUGGACUCUAUCAAUAUCGGUCCAGUCCUCGGAUUGCUUUUAGUGCAAGACGUGCCGGACGUGGCGCAAUUCACCAUGGCGAGGCUUGUCGAGUUUGCGCCAACUCUCGCUGAUACCACGCUGGCUGAUGUGAUACAGGCCGAACUUGUUAUGGUUGUCCUUGAGCUACUCAAAGCUGCGGCUGAAGCAGACGAAGCCCGCAAGGCCCGUGUUAUCGAUGCCAUCACCACAAUGUGCAACUUGGUUAUGGCCGCGAACAAGGAGAAGCCCAAGAAGGGCAAUCUCAUCGGUCGUUUCCUCCAGGCGUACAUGCUUGGCCUUAUGGCUCGCCUGGCGGACGUCAUCAAUGAUUUUCAUGGGCUAUGCCUGCCUCCCGAGGAACAAAUACGUUGCAUUCGAGCAUUGGAGGAAGCGAUCAAGCUUUGCCAGUCUUACGUGCGCAUUGCUCGGCCACAUAUUGCUGCUUGUCUUCUGUCGGCCAUUGCUCAGGACGAGCUCAGAGAGGCGGCGUUUUCCUGCUGGGCGGUCCUUCUGACCUACCUUGAAGAAGAGGACGUUGAAGUCUUGUUGGAAACGACGUUCUUCAUUAUCAAUCAUUAUUGGCCUGUGUUUGACGACAACACACGCAUCAAGGCCAAACAUCUGAUUUCCACCAUUAUAAAGCACUUCAGCGCAGUAAUCGAGAUGUACAUCUGGAAGUUGCCAUCAUUGGCACAUAUUCCUGAACUGGCUGAAGUGGAAGCUCAGCUCCAAAAAGUGCGCCGAGAUCAACCCAUCGAAAGCAGGACAGCAUUUGCCAUCUUUGCAGCCCGAGUGGCACACGAGAACUCGGGCGUUGUGCUUCAGGCUCUCAGAGAGCUUGUCGCAUACCUCAAACAGCACAGUGGUUCCCUACAGACGUCCGCGAUUGGUCAGCAGCCGGAUCCCGUGUUGUCAACGCUGCUCCGCGCCUUGCUCGAUUGCGCUUCGGAGUACAGCACUGUGCAGCCCGAAAUCGCUAGCCUAUGUACUCAAUGCAUCGGUCUGGUCGGGUGCCUUGACUCUAAUAGAAUUGAGGCUGUCAGAGAGCAGAAGUCCAUGGUCUUAUUGAACAACUUUGAGAACGCAGACGAGACGACGGACUUUGUGCUCUUCAUCCUGGAGCAAAUCCUGGUCAAGGCCUUCCUUUCCACGACAGACACAAAGCUCCAAGGCUUCUUGUCUUUUGCCAUGCAAGAACUCCUGGACAAAGUGGAUAUCAAGGCAGCCUGUGCCUUCCGAAGCACGGGAAUGAGAGACGGCGAUCUGAUCUACAGAAAAUGGCUUACUCUACCUGAAGGCAUUCGGGAGACUCUGACCCCAUUUUUGACCUCCAAAUACGUCUUAACACCUGUUACGCCUGCGCCUGUUGAGUAUCCCAUUUUCCGUCCGGGUAAGCCGUAUGGGAAUUGGAUGCGUUCCUUCACCAUGGAUCUUUUGCGUAGAGGACAGAAUUGGCACGCAGAUCUCAUUUUCGGGCCGCUGGCUCGUACUAUUCGGGUCAAAGAUGUCGCGGUAGCAGAGUUCCUGCUUCCAUACUUGGUCCUCCACGUCAUCAUUGGCAACAGAAGCACGCGGAAAGAUCGUGACAAUAUUAUCGGCGAGCUGGUUGGCAUCCUUCAGCACCAGCUUGCCGAAGAUGCUCCGUACGCGGAGAGGGAGGAUACGAAGCUUUACUGUGAGGCCGUCUUCCGAGUGCUUGAUUAUGCAAGCAGGUGGCUGCAGGAAAAGAAUGCUAGGCGCAAAAAUGACAGCGAUCUUCCGUCCAUAGCAAGGGUGGAUGACCUACUGAGCACAAUUCCGCCGGUCUUGAUUUCUCAGCGAGCUAUGGACUGCAGGGAAUAUCCAAGAGCCCUGUUCCACCUCGAGCAACACGCCCAACAAAUGGAGGUCGAGAAGAGCGACCCCCAGCAAAGAACACUGCUCCUCGAGCAAUUGCAGGAUAUAUACACCCAGAUUGACGAGCCUGAUGGGCUAGAGGGGAUUUCGGCUCACCUCCACGUUCUCGAUAUCAACCAACAAAUCCUCAGUCACAAGAAGGCGGGCAGAUAUACGGCGGCUCAGACGUGGUAUGAGAUCAAGUUGGCAGAAGAGCCUAACAACAUUGACGUACAGGUUGACCUCCUGAACUGCCUGAAACAAUCUGGACAACAUGAUGUUCUGCUCAAUUAUGUUGAAGGUAUGCAUACGGAACCGUCGAUGGAAAACAAAAUUGUUCCGUAUGCGGUCGAGGCAGCCUGGGCGACCCGCCGAUGGGACACUCUAUCCAAGUACACGAGCCGUUUUCAUGGCAGCACUUUGGAAGACUUCAACGUUAGCGUUGGCCAGAUCUUUAACACUCUGAAGCAAGAGGGCACUGAGGGAGUCGCAAUCUCUCAAAUGUUGCAGAGCAUGAGGGAAAAGAUUGCGUCAGCGAUGACUUAUUCCGCGACAUCCUCCCUACAAGCCUGCCACGAUCUGAGGCUUCGAUGCCACGUACUGACCGAUCUGGAAAUCAUUGUUGGGAUGCAAGAAGGGAAUGACGAUGCUCGCCAAGACGUUUUGACAAUGCUGAACCGACGAUUGGAAGUGCUGGGUGCAUAUGUCAAUGACAAACAAUACCUCUUGGGAAUUCGCAGAGCAGCCAUGGAGCUCUCACGACCCAAGUUUUGCGACUCAGACAUCUCUUCGUCGUGGCUUUCCAGUGCGCGUCUGGCUAGAAAGGCGAAUUCCACACACCAAUCAUUUAAUGCAGUUCUCCAUGCUUCUCAACUAAACGACAAUGCCGCCGUAAUUGAGAAUGCCCGACUCCUUUGGAAGGACGGUCACACACGCAAGGCGAUUCAGGUUCUCCAGGGCGCCAUCGAAUCCAACAACUUCAUGACACAAACAAAUAGCACCUCUUCCUUUCGGGGUCUCGACUCACAGCAGAGACUUCUGACAGCUAGAGCGCAGCUUAUGCUUGCCAAGUGGUUGGAUGCGGCAGGCCAAACGAACAACGCUGCUCUGCGCGUUAAAUAUCAACAGCCUCCCAAGACAAACUCAUCGUGGGAGAAGGGCCAUUACUACCUAGGACGUUACUACAAAAAGCUGCUGGAGACCGAGAAGCCUCUGAAACCAGACGAGCAAAGUGACGCCUUUGUUCAAGGCGAAAUUGCCAGACUGGUUAUUGAGAACUAUCUUCGAUCACUCAACUAUGGCACCAAGUAUCUUUACCAGACCUUGCCGAGAAUUUUGACGUUAUGGCUCGAAUUGGGAGCACAAGUGGACAAGGCUCCCGAAGGCAAGGUCUCGUUGUCCCGCGAGCUCCAUAGGAGGCGGACGGAGCAGCUCAAUCUCCUUCAUGCCUUCCUCGACAAAUACAUCGCUCGCCUUCCGGCCUACAUAUUUUACACGGCCCUCCCGCAGAUCGUUGCGAGAAUUGCCCACCAGAAUCAAGCUGUGUUUGAACGCCUAACACGCAUUGUCACCAAAGUUGUGGAGUCACAUCCUCGACAAGCACUCUGGGGCUUAUUUGGGAUCAUGACCACGAGACAAGCUUCAGAGCGGCGAGUGCGAGGUCAGCAUAUCUUGCAAGCGCUGAAGGGAAUCUCCAAGAAGGUUGAAGGAAGCAGCUAUGACCUCAAGCAGCUACUGAGAAUGGGCGAGAAACUCGCAGAGCAGCUUCUGCUGGCUUGCAACAACGGGGACUUCCAGAGCAACAGGACGACGGUGGCAAGUAUCACGCGAGAUCUCAACUUCAACCACAAGUGCACGCCCUGCCCCCUAGUGGUCCCCAUUGAGUCUUGUCUGACAGCUACAUUGCCGACAUUGACGGAUAAUGUCAAGAAGCACAAGGCAUUCUCUCAGGAUGUUAUCACCAUCGACUCCUUCCUAGAUGAGGUCCUGGUUCUAGGAUCGCUCGCUAAACCAAGGCGGCUAACAUGUCGCGGAACGGAUGGCAAGAACUACAUGCUCAUGAUCAAACCGAAGGACGACUUGCGAACGGAUCAGCGUCUAAUGGAGUUCAACGGGAUGAUUAACCGGUCACUCAAACGUGACGCCGAGGCCAGCAGGCGUCAAUUAUAUAUCAAGACGUACGCUGUCGUGCCUCUCAACGAAGAGUGCGGCAUCAUUGAAUGGGUCGAUGGGCUUAAGACUCUUCGAGAGAUCCUUUUAGACCAGUACAAGUCUCGGUCCGUCCAUCCUGACUAUAACCAGAUCAAGAGGAUGAUGUCCGAGGCUGUGACGGGGCCGAAUAAUAUCAAGAUCUUCACCGAGGGCGUGUUGGGGACAUUCCCGCCAGUGCUGCAGUACUGGUUCGUGCAGCGCUUCCCUCAUCCCUCUACCUGGUUCUCAGCUCGGCUCAAGUACACCCGCUCUUGCGCAGUUAUGUCGAUGGUCGGCACCAUUCUUGGUCUGGGCGACCGCCACGGCGAGAAUGUCCUUCUCGAGCGCGACAACGGCGGCAUUUUCCACGUCGACUUCAAUUGUUUGUUCGAUAAAGGACUGACGUUCGCACAACCGGAGAGGGUGCCUUUCCGUCUGACACACAACAUGGUUGCUGCCAUGGGCAUCUACGGAUACGAGGGACCCUUUCGCCACUGCAGCGAGUUGACGCUGGGUAUCCUGCGGCAACAGGAGGAGACGCUGAUGACGAUUCUCGAGGCAUUCAUCUACGACCCCACAUUGGAUCUGCAAAAGGAGAAGAAAACAAGCCGCAGAUCGGAUGGCGCGCCGCGGAUGCAGCCGCAGCUCGUCGUCGACAGUAUCAAGCGGAAGGUGAGGGGCCUGAUGGGACCGGAUCCUAUUCCGCUGGGAGUCGAGGGGCAAGUGGAGGAGUUGAUCAAGCAGGCGGUCGAUCCCAGGAACCUGGCGGCCAUGUACAUUGAGGUGUCGCCUAACAAUCGCGCCGGAUGUCAGGAUGGCGUCUGCAAGAAGGAGGCCCAAAAGUGCAUGAAGGGGUCGCUGCGCUUCGGCACCUGGACUGAGAUCAUGGGCCAUGGCUCCUGGCGGUGGAAGCACUGGGGCUGCGUGUCUGGCGAGCAGAUCUCGCACCUUCGCGAUAUUGUCGAGAGGGGUGGCGGAUACGACUUUGAUGCAGUUGACGGAUACGACGAGAUGGGCGAGCACUCUGACCUGCAGCAGAAGAUCCGUGAUGCCAUUAAGCAAGGCCACAUCUCUGCCGAGGACUUCAACGGCGACCCUUGGAUGAACAAACCCGGUCAGCGCGGCAUCCGCGGCAAGAAGCCCAAGGACUGGGACGAUGGCGAGGAGGGCGAUGAGGCCAAGGACGAAGCCCCUGCCCCCGCCGCCACCAACGGCAAGAAGCGCGGUCGCAAAUCCGCCGGCGCCGCCGAUGAGGACGAAGAAGAGAAGCCCAAGAAGCGUGCCAAGAAGGCCGCUGCCAAGGCCGAGCCCGAGGACGAGGAGGAGAAGCCCAAGAAGGCCCCGGCGAAGCGUGGAAAGGCCGCCGCUGCUGCCAAAGCCGCUGCCGCCGAAGAAGACGAGGAAGAGGAGAAGCCCAAGAAAGCCCCGGCCAAGCGCGGCGCCCGGAAGUCUGCCGUGAAGGAGGAGUCCGACGAGGAGGAGGCCCCGAAGAAGCCUGUUGCCAAGCGUGGAGCUCGAAAGUCCGCCGUGAAGGAGGAGUCUGAGGAAGAAGAGGAGAAGCCUGCCCCCAAGCGCGGCGCCGCUGCGAAGAAGACUGCUCCCAAGAGGGCGGCUACGAAAAAGGCCAAGGUUGAGGAGUCCGAGGAGGAGUCUGAGGCCGAACCCGAGCCUACCCCUGAGUCGGAGGAGGAGGAGGAGAAGCCUGCGCCGAAGAAGGCCGCUCCCAAGGGCCGCAAGAAGGCUGCUGCUGCACCUGCUGCUGCCGCCGAGGACAAGCCCAAGCGCGGUCGUGCUCGCAAGUGA